AUGCCUUACGCGUCGCCUUUCCAGGGCACGACUGCCCAACAUGGACGGCGAGAAGGCGGCCAUUCUUCACUUAGUGGAAAUCAUCCAGCAGAUGCUUCAUCAGCCUAUUUUCAUAAUGCCUCCGGUGAGCGUAUCAGUACAGACGUCUACAUGUACAAUGCGAUCAAGCGCGCUCAUCCAGACGUUCACGUCAUUGAUAGCAAUGCAUUCAAUGCUAAUAUCCCGACCUACGUCUUCGCGACAGGCGACGGCUCGGUAGAAGUCCUCGAUUCAGGUAUCAAUAUCCAGGAAUCCGCCUUCGAAGACCUUACCAAGGAACAGAAGCACGCAUUCGCAACGUCUAUCAACCAUAUUGAGUACAUUCCACCAGUACGGCGUCUUGACGGCGGGAACGGUAUUUUAGGCAUUGAUGUGGUUUUCGGCAAGUUCUUGGUACGAUGGGGAGGGAUGGAGUUCUUAAUUUACAUCUCUGAUGGUCGUGACGGGACAGCGCCUUACACGGUUAAAAGACAGUAUAUUGUGACUUCAGAUCCGUCAGCGGCAUUGUCACUUCUCAAAACAGCUGGUGCCUGGGCAAACACUCUUCACGGCGAGAUCUGGGUAUUCGACCAGGGAUUCUGGCAGAAGGAUGCCGGGUUGUGGAAUUCAAUACAGAAGUCAAAUUGGGAGGACAUCAUUCUGCCCGCAGACCUGAAGGAAGAUCUGCUUGAGAAUGUGCAGCGAUUCUACAACUCGCGAGACACUUACAGACAGCUACACGUGGCUUGGAAGCGAGGCAUGAUCUUCUACGGCCCUCCUGGAAACGGCAAGACAGUUAGUAUCAAGGCAACCAUGAAGACGCUAUACGACCGGGAAAUUCCAGUCCCGACACUAUACGUCAAGAGCCUGGUGAGCUUCGCUGGGUCUCAGUACAGUAUCAACGCAAUCUUCACGAAAGCUCGACGAGAAGCGCCUUGCUAUCUCGUCUUCGAAGACCUUGACUCGAUGAUCACAGACCAGACUCGCUCGUUCUUCCUCAACGCUGUGGACGGAUUAUCAGAAAAUGAAGGUAUCCUCAUGAUUGGGAGCACCAAUCAUUUGGAGAAGCUUGACCCUGGUAUCGCCAAACGACCAUCACGAUUCGACAGGAAGUAUCUAUUCCCUGAUCCGGAUCUGGAGCAAAGAAUCAAGUACUGCCGUUACUGGCAGAAGAAGCUAGAGGACAACAAGGAUGUCGAGUUUCCAGACCUACUUCUGCGACCUAUCGCGAGAAAGACUGACGGCUUCAGCUUCGCAUACAUCCAAGAAGCUUUCGUCAGCACAUUGUUGAAGCUCGCUAGCAAUCCUGAUAGGAGUGGUGGACCCGAGGACAGAAAUGUGAACACGUUUAGCUCGGACAUGGACGAGGAAGAACUUGUGCUUAUUGAGCAGGAAGAUGCUUUGACUAGCGAACGAAAGUCGGCUGCUGCGGUGUACGACUACAGAGCAACAGGAAACGAGGAUGAUUUGGAUAAGUAUCUUCUAUGGAGAGAAAUUAAAGUGCAAAUUGCGAACCUGAGACAGGAGCUCGAUCGAGGUGUUGACCAGAUAGUUUGA